GUUUUGUUUACAUCCCAGUUACUCUCGUCAGCUGGAUGGCUGAGGCUGUGAGAAAAAAACGGACACGCAUCAAGAAAAAGGUGCUAGAAAAAUGUCCUGUAGAAGAUGCCAAAGAAGAAGACUGCAAAGAAGACCCUUCAAUGCAAGAGCUUCUUGACACCUAUGGAGACACCCCACUACCUGUCUUGAAUCAUGAAGAAGAUCAGAUUGUGGAAGAUGAAAGGCAGGAGAUGGAAGUGAAGGAGGAAAGUGACCUAUUAUUGGACGAAAAAAGUGUGGUAAAACCAGUUGAGAAGGUAGUAGAGACGUCAGAAUUUGCUGAGAACAUUUUCCAUGGUGAUGAUUCUCUUCUUGCUGAUAGAGGCAACCUUGCAGAGGCAGUUAAGACAGAUGUUGUGGAUAAUUCUUCUGCAUACCGAGUACAUUGGGAGGUAGCCCCAGGAGAACUGUCAGCUCCAAACUUUGAAAAUCUGCGGCAACAACUUGUCCAGAUUGAGCCGUACAUGGAAGCCCAACGACAGAUGAAGGAGUUGAUGAUAGAGGAUGCCACUGCAAAAGAAUAUAGUGAGAGUGCCCCAUGUCCAAGUGCCCCUAUCAUUGAUGGAGGUGAUAUUCAGUAUACAGAUGUGGAAGCAAGUGCUCCAUGUCUGGCUGAAGAUGAUGCAAUAGCAGAGUCUGAAGACAUGAGUCAGUAUCCUUCAGCCACAGCUCCUUUACUCUCUGAUCCAGUCCUAAGUGGUGCUACGUAUCCAGUUGAUAGUCAAGUACGUAUAGAAGAGGAAAGUUCACACAUUAAAACCAAAAUCACUUUGUCAGAGGACUCAGUCAUUAAACCAAUGACAGAUGUUCAAAUAAACGCUCUUUACCAAAAUAAUGAACUGGAAGAAAAUGAAAAAUACAUUAUAAAAUUUCUGGAAGAAGAGAGAAAUGUCCCACAGCUUGAGUUUUAUGAGCUUGUCUUGAACUAUCUGCGUUCUAGAACGAGUUUGAUAAGUAGCCAAAAAGAGUUGUCAACCAUACUAGAAGAAUACAGAAAGCAAAUGAAAAAUAUUUGGGUGUUUGAGAAGAAGACAGGAACUGAAGAAGGGGAGUGUGAAGAUGGUAGACUCCUGACAGUCAGGCAUGAGUAUGAGGUUGCUUGCUUUAAGGAGGAGAUUGUAACUCAUGUUGCAAAGCAGCUGAAACAGUCAAGAGAACUCCUCUCAGAAUCUUAUGCUCUCCAUGCAUAUACCUCUGAAAUGGCCAAGCUGCAAGUGGAGAACCACAUGCAGAAGGUCUUAAGUGACUGUCCUGAGUUCAUGCAGGUCCCCAAAAAUGCAAAAAUUAAAGCAAGUGGCACCAACGAAUAUAAUCUGCAUCUGCAACCCCAUAUCAAAAAACUGAAGAUGUGUAUUAGUGUCCUGUUUGCAUUCCAGCGCAGGGGAGUAAAGGACCAGCAAUUUAUCCGCGACACAAGACAAUGGUUAACAGAUUUUGUAGCCAUUCUGCAGAGGUUUGCAACCCGUAGUGACCACCUCUUCCUUCUUAAUCACAUCGUGCGAUGUCCAGCAGGAGUAGGGUCCUGGGCCUCAGCAUACAUUCAGAUUGGAGGCCCUUGGGAGACCGACAUCAUUGGUAGAGUCCUUGGAUGUUGGCCCCUAGAUCACUCCCUUACUGUCCUUUCAACGAUUCUUAGUCCUGUAAGCAGCAGAGAGGAUUUCCUCCACCACCUCAAGCAAAGUGCCUUACCCUCUGGGGAUCCAGGUGAUGAAAAUACUGGAGAUGAAAGGGCCUCUGAUACUGUGUGGGUAGUUGUUGAUAGCUCUGGGGAAGAGGAGGAAGAUCCCACACAACUGUGGGCCAUGUUCACCGAGAAUGAUGUUGUUCAGUUAUUGAACCAAGUACCAUUUAAGGAUAUCUUCCAACAUAUGUUAAUGAUUGAGGAUGUGGAUGGUUCUCUCCAAUACGAUGUGUCUCGCACUAGUCAUCAUGGCCUCAUGAAGCUCUUUGCCUGUGCUACAGUUCUUAUAAACUUGUUUUGCAAGGGCCUUUCUACUUACUCAAUGAUGAGGUACCGAGGGGCUACAAAACGCAUCUGUAGAUUACUUCGGCACACAGUAGAGUAUGUAACUGACCACUGGCAGAAUUUCCUUCUGUUGUAUCAGUCAUCACCUCAACAAAUAUCUGACAUAAAUCAGGCUUCUACACACUGGACAUCAUUACAGGUAGAAUAUGAUCAGUUAUUUGAAAAGGCUGUUCACAGCAUCAUUAGUAGUCCAAGAUCUGGUGCAUGGCAGUUCCUUGCUGUCAUUCCAUACAGAAGUGUGUCUCUUUUGAGAUUAUGGAAGAUUGUCUACCAAAUUCACGUUGGCUGGAGUGAAGAAUCUGUUCAGAACAGCGAGAAACUCAGUGCUGAAAACGCUUCAUACAGUGACUGGGCAGAUCUUGUAUCUCACUCAGAUACACGUGGUCAGUUUCAUGACCGUCUUAUGAAGAUUGAAGAAAAUGAAGCCUUGUACCUCCUCACAGCAUUGGCUAACAUGGCAGUCGAGCGUGAAUCAACAGAGAGUCAUUUUGUUGAAGUUAUUGUGAACAACAUUUUUGAAGCAACAUUUGUCAAUGAAGGGACAAGAGAAGCCCUGAGUAGGAUCGGUAGAGACCUGCUGUCAACUGUGGCUUCAAAUCAUCCUAUUUCUGUCUCAUACCUGCUAACUACCACUCAGGAGAAAAUAUCUAGUGUGGGAAACAUGGCUCUCUACCUCUUCCGUGCUCUUCCACUGGAACUGUGGGAACCUUCCCCAGAUGACAUUACUUGUGUGUCACAUUGGCUGCUCUUCACACCUGUUGCCAGUGUAGAAAACCAGCUGGCUAGAAUCGUCCUGAGUAAGCUCAACUGGGGCGAAAAUACUUUCGGAAUGCAGCUUUUUCUGCCUCUUGAGUUACACCGUAGGGUUGCACUGACAGUAUUAGAAGCUCACCUGAAAGUGUCUCGUGAAAUGCGACAAGGUAGUCUUUUAACUGAAGGUGUCAAGCAAGUUACAUCUGUCAUGUAUGCACCUUCAGCAGAGCAGGUGUUUUGUGAUUGGUCAUGGGAAAUUCUGACCUGCCUUAGGCUCCAUCAGCUUGACCAGCCUGAGCCAUGGGUUCAUGCUGUCAUAGCCUCUCCUGCACUAAUGCUGAAAGAUAUUCCAGACCCUACUAAUUCUGCAAUUGCUCAAGGUUCAUCUUUAAAUGCAGUUAAAAGGGGUCUGAUGGAUAAGCAACCACUUGCCUUGUUCUCUGCUCUGCUUUUGACGUCUUGGGGACACUCUAUUCCUGAGUUUUGUGAACACGGAAUUGAUUGCAUCCAUGAGCUGGUAAUGCAAGGCAUGUAUGAAGCAGCCAUUGCAUCCAUGGCCCACAUCAUGCCCUUGUUCUUCAACCAGCCAGAGGACAUCACAACACAUUCCAAGAUGAUGAUUGCCAUUCAGAAAUGUUUAACAGCAGAUCAGACAUAUAUGACGCUAGCCAAAAGUCUCGUCACAUCUGCUUUUCCUGGAAAGAUUCUGAGUCUGUUUGCUGCUAUGAUUGUUCAUCACAUUAAGAACUACUCAAGGUAUUGUCUGUCUUCAGGCAUGCUAGCCGUCAGAUUCUGGCAACAGAUGCUGGUGGGAGUACCAGAUUGGGUGCAUGACAGCAAUGUGCUCUUUCUUUUGGAUACCAUCUGUCAACAUGCCUUUGUCCAACCUCAGUGUUGGCAGGAAGCAAUCUCUGGUUUUUCUGAGAUAAUGAAGAACUCGGAUUAUCAACAUAAUGGAGGUAGUGGCCUUAGUGGUCUGCUGUCUUGGUUGACAUCAGGAACAACAGCUCCAAAUUCAUUAUUAGUGCGAUCUUCAGCACCGCAAUUCCCUUGGUUCACUAUUGCUGUACUUUCUUUGGAGACUCAGGGAGAAUUGGCUUCAGGACUUUGGAAGAACCUGUUGCUUGAACUUUAUGCUGAUCCUCAGACUUCCCUUGAAGUAGCCCUCAAGAAAAUCAGCAAGGAAUUAGGACUGGGUCAAGUGUCAUCCAGUCUGCUUAGCAUUUACCGUUGGGGUCAGCAAGUGGUGGACCUCCCUGCAGACCAUCCAGCUCUCCCUAUCACCAUGCAGAUGUAUUUCAUGCUUCAUCUUGCCCGAGUGCCACCACAGCCAAGACAGUACGAGUGCAGCAGUGUGAUCAACCGUUUCUACCAAGGCUUUGUUAAUCAGUCCUUCCUCAACAAAAUCAAAAAGAAAGUUACUGCUGCUCUGGAGCACCAUGAGGCUGUGAUGGCCAAGGAGAGUGAUGAGGAUGAGAAAGAUGCAUCACACAACGUACAGAUUUCAGAAAGAGUGAAACUUCUACGUGCAAUGCAGUCAUGGCUGGAGGAGAGUCGACUGUAUGAUUCUGGUGUUUAUCUUCCUGCUCUUCCACCCAACCUUCUUCCUAAGAAAUUAAUGCAGGUGUUCCAGGCUAACUGGGAGCCGUGGCCGGAAGCUGUUGAUGUGGAUGCAACAGAAGAGGCAGGAAGACAACUCCUCAGAGUCUGGGACCAGUAUCGCAAAAAGGCCAGUUUUAGCAGCACUGUGGGUCUAUCACCUUCUGCUUCUCCAAACCGACAAGGCAGACAAAGCAAUUCCGACCAGAGAACAGCUCCCCGUAAAACUCCUACUGAAACAAUCCUCAAACGACUGACCACAUACGAGCCUCCACAACCACCACCUCCUAUUCCACCCAUGAGUCCUCUCCAUCUUCCACACAUCCAUGACAGCACUCUCACUGACCAGGAUGCUCUUCUCUACCUGGUGCAGAGGUAUACAGGAUUGGUAGUUGAACACUCCCAGACUGUGAAUCUUUGGUGCAGUGAGUUGUGUGCUCUUGACUGUGUUUAUAGAGAAUUGGUCCCACAGCUGUGGUCCAAUGCACACACCAAAACAAUUCUCACUGCUACCUGCACACCACCAAAAGUUGGCAGAAAGCAACCAGAAUGUAGUGGGCAUGCAAGUAUUGUUAUGGAGUUUUCGGAAGCCCGUUUAAACGAGGGCAUCAAAGUACGCAUUGGCCAGAACCGUGAACAACAUCAUGUAGUACUUCAGAGGUGCCAGAAACCUCCACCAUUACAGUUGUGUCAAGCUGCAGUAAGCCUAGAAGCUAUCAUUACUGUCCUGGUCAAUGAGUUCCGCAGGACAGACAAGAAUACUAAUAAGCAGAAGUGGCAGUUUCUACUAGCCAAUGGGAGACAGCUUUUCUAUCACAUAGUUCAGUUAACAUCAGAUGACACCAGCUUCUACCCACCUGCCAAACAGCUCAUUUCCUCAUGUGCAGGCAUUCUAGGCCAGGAAUUUGUCCGAGGACAUGCAGACUGCCAGGAGAGUCUUGUUGCUCAAGUGUUAGAAUGGGGAGGAAAACUAGGGGGUCUCCUUGCUCCACACUUCACCCCAUCUGUUACUCCAAAACAUGUCUUUUUGAUGUUGUACUCGACUCUCAGCCCAUACGCUCCUUCAGCUCCUGACCACACCUUUAUGCUCUUGUCAAAGUUCGACAUUGAAAGAUGGCUAACAGAGUCAAGUCCAAAUUCGAGUGACAGGUCAGAACUGAUCAACACCAUUGCUGCAGCUUUUAUGUCUCUCUUACCAGGACCAAAUCCAACUCUUCUAAUGGUACUUGAGCUUUAUCGAGUCCACCUUAGAAGCCUACUAUCAUUCAAGUUUCCUGAGCACUACACAGAGGUACUGAAUGUUAUGUUGCAGAUUUCUGCCUCUACACAAGAAGACUGUGGAGGUGUAAGUUCUGGCCUCUGGUAUGAUCUGAUGAAUAAAAUAUCAGUAGGCAUCAUUACCUUUAGUCCUGAAAUGGAACGAAAUGCUUUAAAUCAAGCCAUCAAAGAGUAUGCACAACAUCAGACAAUCCUGUCACAGUCUAUGGUGGAGGAUACCUUAAGAAUGCUUUCAAGCUACUUUGUGAAGCAGCGUCUUGAAUUUGGCUUAUAUGGCCUCUAUCCCAAGUACCGACUUCAUACCCAACCCAUUGCCACCUUUUUGGGGAUGAUUUCACAUGCAUACAUCAUCUCUGCCUUUCACAUAAAGUAUGGAACUCCACAAGAGGAAAUGGUACGGGAAGUCUGGUCAGGGGUGGAUAGCCUCUUUGCUGGAUGGGUGACACCACUUGGAGGCCGUGAUCGUCAGUCUUUCUCUCCUUGGUUGCGUCAUCUCACUCACGACAUACGCUUACUACUCCCAUGGGCCCCUAGUGAUACAACCUCAGCUGAUGCCAUGGUAGCAAUGUUUGCAGCUUCUGUUGGCUUCAUGCAUGAACUUCUGCCAGGAAGCAGUGUGUUGUCCUUGACCCUAGAGUACUAUUGUACCAUGUUUGCUGCUCAGGAGGUCAAGAGCCAUGUUCUGGCGGUCAUCCAUGCUCACUUCUCUGCCCUUCCGUGGCACCAUCUUCACCCGUCCCUCCAAGACACGCUUAUUUUCACUAAGGUUGUUGAGCAGUACCUGCCAGAGUGCCAUAACUUUAUUGGUGGUGUUCUUGUACAAAUUAAUUGGAAUAAGGUAGUCCAGUCAGCAAUGUCUCCAACGUCAAGUUCCAGCUCUACUGCAGAAGUCCAAGGGCAAGGCCAGGAGGCACCAAGUGCUGUCAAACUCCACACUUGCUUACUUAACCUGCUGGUCAGGAUAUCCAUGGAGCCUAGUGUGAGACAGUCAUCACUCCUGCAAACAUUAUUGCUAGAAGCAGAAUCUUUCUCUUGGUGGCUUGUGGACAGUGAGAGUUUCCAGCGUGUCGUCAACUGGUGGGUCAUGAGUUGUGACCCAAGAAUUGUUCUUGCUCUUCCUGACCGUAACCCAGUGGAUGUUGCUAUCAUUCAGUUGUUACACCGAGCUGCAGGCUAUACCCCAGACACCACCUCCUUCCACCAGGACACCCCAGCUAAACGUGGCCUACUGGUGCGUGCACUUGUAAGGUUGGUGACCACAGCUGCAGCAAGACACAAGGCACUACUGUCUGCCAAACCACAAGUUUUUAAUUCUACAAUACUGGGUCUUCUAACGCAUAUGGAAGAUACACUUACUGCAACUGUGCCAAAGGAACAUCAAUGGGGAGAGGGCAGCAUCUUAGGCACUGAGUUGCUGGCAGUGGUCAGUGGUGGGGCAUCAUCCACAGCACUGCAAGAAUUGAGCAGUGAAGCAGUCACAUCUUGGCUAGCGACACAACCGCAUCCAUCACCUGGGCUGCUGCUUCCACUGGUUGCAUCUGCAUCACGCACCAUUCUUCAACUUAACCAUCGGAACCCCAUCUUGCAUGCUGGGCUGUCAGCUCUCUUCAGCAAAGGCGAUUGGUGUGGUUGGGAAGGGGAAGUGACCUGGGAACACACAAUUGGCAUUUUAUCUUUCCCUCUUACAAAUCCUACUGCCAUGUUAACCCUUGCUGCUCAGGAGGGCCACUUGUUAGUUGUGUAUGCAUAUGCACGCUGGCGUAGACAACAAGUAGCAGUGACAACAGACAGUUUUCUACAGCUAACAACUCUCUUUGACUUACUAGAAAUUGUUACUCCAAAUGAAACAACUGAAUUGGAGCUCAUCCUGUUAUUGAGUGAAAUCCUCAAUCUCAUUGUACAUUUAGUAAAGGAAAAGGAUAGUACCAGUGCCCUCUGGCAACAUUGCCGUAACUUCAUCUCCCAUCUGGCACUUUGGGCUGAGGACCGAAGCACUACAGGCAUCCUAGCAGCUAUAGGCCUUGGAAGACAAUCCCCUCUUUCCCUUGCCAUUCGUCUGAUUUGCCGCGCACUCAGCACAUUCUUGAACCUACAGAUGCCAAAGGAAGGAGUUUUCCGCACCCAUCCUCUUCACACCCACAGUGACAUAGAUGAAACGCAAGACAGCAUCAAGAAUGAUCGGUGCACUUUAGAACAACUAAGGGGCCUUACUGCAAAUGCAACUUAUGCUGGAGUGAGCCAUUCUCUGACAAAAACCAUACAGUUUGUAGAGGACCCAACACACUGUAUAUCGGAUGUGACCACCCUUCUGUCAGAGCUUGUGACAGACCUGAUUCUACAUCCAUUACUCUACCACCUCACCACAACAGCUAAAAACAGAGCCACAGGUGGACCACCUCAGGCAGCACACUCCUCACAACACUUUCCACUUGAGGCACGGAUGUGCCCCUCCGUCUCCUCCACUAGUGCAUCAGCUCCACCUCCACCUCCUGAUGAUGAGUAGUGUAGAUCUUAAUGCGCCUGUACGUCACAGCAUUGAUUUGGCUUGAUGCACCAAAGUCCCGUGCUCAAAGUCAGCGCGUUGCCAUUGAUCUCCAGAGCGUAGAGUUUAUUUUUAGUUUUCUUCACCCAUCAUCAAGGGGUUAAGUUGCACCACCAUUUUGCGUGUUUUGAAUGUCAGGUAGCAAGAGGAUUGGCAUGAACUGCAGGUAAUGUGUGGUGUAAUUUGGUUUAGUGCAAUUUUGCCUUUUCUUUCUUUCUUUUCUGUAUAUAUAUGAAAAAGUAUUGUUCUGUGCCAGAGUUUCAAUUAAAUUAGCCUGUGAUAGCCAUAAAGGUGUCAAAUGAAAGCUGGUUUAUGUAUGACAUUUGCAAUAUGUAAAAAGUAAGAUGAGUUUAUAUAUGAUUUUUUCUACAGUGUGUAUUCUUGUAGUUGUGUGUCCCUUUUAAAGUUUAAUAUUUAUAGAAAGAUCCUGAAAUAGCAGAGAUACAGGUCCUUUCUGUAAACAUUAGAUAUAUUUUUAUUUUACAAAUUAAUUGUUAUUAAUUAAUCAAAUUUGGAGCUGCUCUGAAAUGAAGUAUAGAUAGCUACUUAUAUUUAGUUGAUUUUGGUUUGGUAUAAUUUUAAAGAGGAAUAUCAUAUACAAAACUCAAAAAUUAAAACAUUUUUAUUGUAAUAAAUAGGUUAAUGAGACAAGUCAUUUCAAGUAAUGUACUCUAGUCCAUAUUUUAUUUUCAUGAUCCAAGAUGAAAUAUACAGUACAUGUAUAGAAACUAAUGAGCUGAAAAUCUCCUUGAGCCCCAUCUAGGACAGCCAAUUGGUUCCCUUCUUGCAGAUUCAGCCUGAAAGCCACAAAGCUGAUCUGAAACCUGAUCUCACACACACCUAUUUGGAAACUGGUUCGGAAUGUCCAUAAAUUAGCUGCUUAGUAUUUUGAGCAAUACUAAACACUUAUUUUAUAGGGACAUGACGUGGAAGCAAAUGCCACUGCAGAGUAGAUAAAAGUUCAAAUUUACAAAAUAGUAUAUUACUGUUACACAGACUAUGAGCAAUUCAUUAAAAUAUAACUCACAUUGGUAUGGCAAAUGCAUAAUCACACCAGGUUCCUGACUGUCAAAGCACAUCAAUUGAUCUGUCAAUUACAUUUCUUUGCAACAUUUGUGCUUCCUUGUCCUAUCAAUUGGAUUUAUUAUAUUAACUAAAUAUACAUAUUUUCAAUAUUCAUACAACCAUAUAUAACUUUAAAAAUCUUCAAGGAUAACAGAACACAUAGUCUUGAGUUACAGUAUAUACAUGCAGAACAAGGGCAGUGGACAUUACAUAUAUACAAGUUGGAGGGGGGCAGUUCUCUUGGUUACGUCUCCAAGCGAUGAGCUGGAAUGAAAAAAUAUUAUUAGGUGAUUAUGUUUCAGCUAUACUGAAUAAAAUGCAUAUUACCUGGUCCAGCAGAUCACUUGCACAAGUUCAGGUUAUUUAUUAAAUGGUCAGUCCUUCAAGUGAUCAACUUAAAGAACAUCAAACUUAAGACAGACUAUAUAAUAUAAUAUAAUCAUCAUCCCACCCUCAUCUUCAUCUGUAAUGCAACAGUUCAAGGUUACUGCCAGCACUAUGAUUAUAUUUAAUUUUACAUAACACAAAUUAUCUGCAUUAUUCAAUCCGGUUAUUUCUUAUUCAAUCUACUUGUUUAUUUCUCUUUCUUCUGAGGCAGCAGCAAAACAGGAUCACUACACACCGGACUUUAUUUUACAAUUUAGCUUUGGCUCUGGCCAAUAUAUGCUCUCUCAACCACCAAUAAAUAAUUUUGCUGUAACAAUAAAACUGUCUUCCCCACAACAUUCCAAAGACCAUUAUCCUGUAUUUUUUCCAGUAUUAUGAAAACUGCAAAAAUGAAAAUAGAAAAGAUGAGAUUUAGUAAAUUAAGCCUAUCAUGUCUGUUCAUGCACUAAUAAACUACUAUUUUCAACUACAAAUGAGAAGUGAUCAAAACAAAACAAUAAAACAUUUUAAAUACA